CAGCAGCACUGAGACCCCUCUGGAAGCAAAGAUGAGACUGCAGUCUGGCUUGUCUGUCCUACAGCAUUAUUUUCUGUAUCUCCUGACCCCAUCUCCACGUGGCAGCAUGGCUUUUUUUUUUUUAAUUACGCUUUUUCUGCAUUUUCUUCUCAGAAAUCGAGGUAUUUUGGGGUCCUUCUGUGCUGAGCUGCCUUCACCCCCGCUUUUGGCUCCUGCUUCUGGGACUGCUGUGCUUUCCAUUCCAAAACCCAAUCGUUGGCUGCUCCCAUUGGGUUUUCCUUCUGGUUCGGGACUUAAUGGCUUCUUAGGAACGUGUGAGCUUCUUACUUUACUGUGUUUGGAGUCACCGAUCUGAGUGAGAAAGAAGAGCCGUGUCUUUGCAUUGAUUUUCUCCUGUGAUCGUUGUUCAGGGUAAUAUGGGCAGCAAAACUGGGGAUAAUUAUGGGAUACUCUUGUGCAGUAUUGGCUCACGUUCAUUGGAGUUCAUUGGAGCUUUGGAGUAGAUGAGGUUACUUGUGGCCCAGGAGCACCUACCUACAUACAAGUUGCUUAUAUCCUCAGUUUCUAUUCUGGCAUCCCCCCAUGGGGAAGAGCAGUGCGUGGCUUCAAUGCUACCCAAGACAAGGGAAGCUGGGAGCAAUUACAGGAUGUUUCCAUGUAUCCUCGUGCUGUGAUUGGGAUUUUGUGCUCUGUUUUCCAGCUGAGACAUUUGUGCAACCGAAUUGUCCAAAAUGCUCAUCUCUGGGAGUUCAUAUGGAUUCCAGUUGUCCCUCUUGUCCUAUGUUCUACUGAGCUGUGUCUUCUGGUGUAAAACAAAACACGUUCUGCUUGAAUAGCUGCACAAAAGCAGACUUUAUCUAUACCACAGCAGCUUUCCUGAGAUAAUUUAAGCUGGCAUCAAGUCUAGUAGGAGAUGGGGCCUCUGCACAGAGCUUGUCUGAAGGCUCAGCACUGUCAUUGCUGUGCUCCCAACCACAGGAUCUCCCUUUGGUCAAAGAUUUCCAUUUCUAAACGGCUUCUGUGGAAAUCUGUGCAACGGAGGCAGACAGAAACUUGUGUUUCUUUUCUUAGAAAUGUUAGAGACUGAGUCAAGCGGAAUAUUGCAUCUGUUCGAUAAGCCCGUGUGCUACAUUUCACACAGCAAGUUUUUUUAAAUAAACUCUCCUCUUUUUUGAGUUUUGCACCAGUGACUCACCCAGUCAACUUGAAUGAGCCUCAAUUUGUUGCAAAUCGCAGGCCACAAAACUAACUUUCAGGAAAGGAGGGAAUACUUUUGCCUUCCGGGGCAUCCUGGCAGGCGGAUGUCUGUGUGCUGUCUGCUUCAGCAGCCUAAAAAUGUGGGAGAUGGGAUCCCCUUGCCGAGCCCAGGUCUCCCUCCAUGGCUGGUGCAGGCAGCCCUGCUGCUGGGGUGACUCUCCUGCUGGGUGAAACCCUUCAUUUAGGGCUGGAGAGACCAAGGAAAGUGUGUUCAGCCCUCCAGAUGUUUUAUUUCUAUCCCAGCAGCAGUGGGUAAGUGCCUCCUGCUUGUCGUAAAGGGCUUCACUGCCCUCUCCCAUCAAUUCCUUUCUGACACAGAUGAGAGUUUCCUUACCUUGCCACCCGUGUGCUGGGUGCCUGCUCCGUGUGGCCUUCCCCAGGGCUCCAGACAUCCUCAUCUGGGUGACAUCUUUAUUAUUUAUUUAGUUAAAUUUUUAAGGGAUGUGGAUUUUUGGAAGGGAAUUAAAGCUGCUUUACCCAAAUGCUGAAGUGCUUGCUGCAAAACAUGGCACCGUUGGGCUCUUGAAAUGACAGCAAACCUCAUGAGGUUCACAAAGUGUUUUUGAUACAGCAAAAAUGAAAUCUUAUAUCUUAUGAGAGGAUGUUUUGUAACAACAACAAAAAAAGAUUUUAAUUGCCUUGCAUGCAAAUAGUGUCCAUCAGGCUGGUGUGGUGCUAAUGAUGGGGAGCAGAAGCAUGAUGUGGUGGCUUACGACGGGGAGCAGAAUAGACACAGAUCACAGAGAGGGAUUUGGGAAAUACCCCUUUUUGCUGUUCCUGACCAUAAAAAUAAAGCCACAUCUGGAAGGGAGAUGCCCUACAGCGGCACAAAGUAGGUCAGUGCUGUCCACAUCUUUCAGCUUUGCACUGCUGAAAACAAACAACCCCAAAACCAAAACACCUCCAAAACUGCUUUUACUGGAGCAGCAGCAGCACAGCAGCGCGGUGUGCACUGGCCAUCAGUACUGGUGUGGGGCCACAAACCUCCCACUGCUUGGGCUGGGGUCUGUGUGAUGCCAGGGUGCACGGCUGUGGCUGGCAGCUUGGGCAGGGAAAUGUUAUUUAUUGCUUCAUACGAGCGAAGGGAGAAGGUGCUAAGCAGGGCAGAGUCCAGCUGCUGUUUCUAUCUGAAAUACAGAUACACGUUUGGGUUGGUUAUUUUUUUUUGCCCUGCUGAUUAUUGAACAAAAAAUAUAGUUGCUGCCGUUUGUGUAUGGCAUGGAAGGGAGGGCAGGGCUGGUUCUGGGUGGAAAUGACAGCAGUUUUCACCACUGUGUUUCAGGCUGCAUGUGGCCAGGCCAUGGCACAGCCAGAGCUGCUGUGGGCAGCCGCUGCGCUGAUGCUGCUUGGGGUGGCUGUGAGUGCCUGCGUCAGGUGCCAGCUCUAUGCUACAAAGCGAGGAAAGGACAGCAACCAGGGGAGUCAGAUGGAACACCCACAGGGAUUUGAGGUGAUUCGGUCCUACUCUGCUGUGACCCAAAGGCCAGAACGGAUCAAGAAACCCAAAAACUUGGCGAGAAAAGCCCCCGAGGAGCUCAGCACCUCCUGUCACAUUGACUUUGAGAGCAGUGCUGAGCCCCGCUACCAGAACUUCCUGACAGAGUACUGCCUACAUGGGGAUGCUGCCUAUGUGGAGCCUAUCCCACUGGAUUACUACGGCCACAACAGGUUCUUCUCCCCACCCAACGAUGAGGACUCACAUUCCUACCAGAACGUCCUCAUUAAGGAUCCUUGCUGCUCUGAGAUGGAUGAUGCAGAAGACUACGAGAACAGCACAGCAAUAGAAGUCUGGAAGGUGCAGCAAGCAGAAGCCACGCUGUAUGCAGAGAGCAAGGAUGAGGAGCCAGACUACGUUAACACAGACCCAACGAUAGAUGCCGUCCUGCUGUCAAAGUGAAGGAGCUACAAGACUCACUGUUCCCCCCUCUGAUUUCAAGUGUUCUUCAUGAAGUCUGAAGCCCUUUCCUGAGCUGCACAAGCCCACCCAGCCAGCACGUACAUCAGGAAAGAGGCGUUUUCCAUCCCCCAGUCACAUCUUUUCCCCAAAUUGUGCCCAGGAUCACACGGGACAGGUGUCGCUGAAAGGAAGAGAUGCUCUGCUUGAAGCCCUGACAUCCAACAGCAACCAUGCAACCGGAGGAAGAGUUCUGCCCAGCGGCAAAGCCUGCCCAGCAGCAGCACCCAUGGACAAGCUGUGAGCUCCUGGUCCUGUCUCCCCUCCAGGCCUGCCUGCUGGAGGGAGCACGGCUGCUCUGUGCAAUGCUGUCUCCUGCCAAGCGUGAAAUGAUUCUUUAAAUUGCCGAGCGGCAGUGCAGCCAACUACUUAAUUUGUCAGGCUGACUCAUGCACGGCGGUAUUCAAAGGCAGGGAUUAGGUUUUGAUUCAGAUCCUACGCUCUCCUCCAGAAGCUGUUUCCUACAGUAGAGGAACUGGCAAGGCAGAGCUUGCUUUUACAGCAGCAGCGCUUCUCUGGAGCUCAAUGAGAUCCCAGGCUGUUACAAAAGCUAAGGACUAAAGAGGAUUAAGCCCUCAUCUGCAGCUUGUAAUUCACAGUGUCUGUGGCAGUUCUCCUUGUGCUUCCUUAUCUGCUUAAUAACGAUACAAAGACGCUGCAACGACUGAUGAGGUUUGAUCCGCCGCUGUCAGCCUCACAAACUGCAGCACUGUUUGAGAUUUGGAACAUCAGUCCUGAAAUGUAACCUCUUGGGCCCUCGCGCAUAGGUCUGGCACCAUCUUAGCACUUAUUUAUUAAAAUUGAAAAGCCCUCAAAGGAAA